AUGCCAGUUCAUAUUGGUGAAAAGUUAUACAAGCGUGCACCAACAAACGAUGAAGUUGCACUCAAAACACUUUUGCGUAAACAUGGACCUAUGUUCAUAGCAUUCAAUGUUGGCAAUCAAAAGAGUGCAUCAUCACUUCAAAUUGAUAUAUCGAAAAUAUUUAAUUCAUACUCGUCGGGCAUUUUCGACGUACCUGGUUGCAAUGAGAGACCGCUACAAAAUCAUGCUAUGCUCUUAGUCGGUUACGGACAUGAUAAAAUAACUGGUUUAGAUUAUUGGAAAGUGAAAAAUUCAUGGAGCACUCGGUGGGGAGAGAAUGGAUUUAUUCGUAUACGAAGGGGUGUGAACAUGGGUGGAAUCGCCACGAAUGCUUAUUACAUUGGAUCUCUUUCAUUGUCCUAA